CCCGGCGCCGCUGCUACACGUGUUCCUGGCGCAGAUGGAGCCGCUCCGGGACUGGGCUGCGGGGGAGAGGGAGCCGCUCCGGGACUGGGCUGCGGGGGAGAGGGAGCCGCUCCGGGACUGGGCUGCGGGGGAGAGGGAGCCGCUCCGGGACUGGGCUGCGGGGGAGAGGGAGCCGCUCCGGGACUGGGCUGCGGGGGAGAGGGAGCCGCUCCGGGACUGGGCUGCGGGGGAGAGGGAGCCGCUCCGGGACUUGGCUGCGCGGUUGUACCGGGUUCAGGCGCUGAAGUUCGGCAGCUUCGUGCUCAAGAGCGGGGCGGUGUCUCCGGUUUAUUUCGAUCUCAGGGUGAUCGUGUCGCACCCGACUCUGCUCAAUCAGGUGGCAGAUGUGCUGUACCAGACAGCCCGGAAUGGCGGGGUGCCCUAUACGUCGGUUUGUGGGGUGCCAUACACAGCUCUGCCAAUUGCCACCAUCAUCUGCUCCCAGCACCAGCUGCCCAUGCUGAUCCGGCGAAAAGAAGCCAAAGACUAUGGUACAAAGCGACUGGUGGAAGGAACCAUCACGCCGGGGGAGACCUGUCUGAUCAUCGAGGACGUAGUGACCAGCGGAUCCAGCGUCAUGGAAACAGCGGAGGUGCUGCGCAGGGAGGGGCUGGUCGUGGAAGACGCCAUUGUACUGGUGGACAGGGAGCAGGGGGGCAGGGAGCGCUUGGCACAGGGCGGCAUCCGACUCCACUCAGUGUUCUCCCUGUCGCUGCUGAUGGAGCUGCUCCGCUCACUGGGGGCUGUUGGCUCGGAAACCGUCAGCAACGUCCAACGUUUCAUCCAGGAAAACCAGGUCCCGGCACCGACUCCGACCCCGGACCCCCCCUCAGUAAUGGAAUAUUCCCGCAGGGCCUGUGCCCCGGGGGUCCAUCCAGUCGCAUCGAGGCUCUUUGCCAUCAUGGCGCGGAAAGAGACCAACCUGUGUCUGUCGGCCGAUGUCACCGACGCCUCCGAGCUGCUCCGAUUGGCUGCGGAGUUGGGCCCCUCUAUCUGCAUGUUAAAGACCCACAUCGACAUUUUGGGGGAUUUCACCCCCAAAGUGGCAUCGGAGCUGCAAGCGUUGGCAGAGCAACACCAGUUCCUUCUGUUUGAAGAUCGGAAGUUUGCGGAUAUUGGCAACACCGUCCGGCACCAGUAUGAAGGUGGCAUCUAUAGAAUCUCCUCGUGGGCCGAUGUGGUGAAUGCCCAUGUUGUGCCCGGCCCCGGAGUGGUACAGGGGCUGCGGGAAGUGGGGGGCCCAAUAAACAGGGGGUGCCUGCUGAUUGCAGAGAUGAGUUCUGAGGGGUCCCUGGCUACGGGGGAUUACACCAAAGCAGCUGUGCAAAUGGCAGAGCAACACCGGGAUUUCGUCAUUGGCUUCAUAUCGGGGCGCAGAGUGGGCAGAGACCCAGCGCUGGUGCAUUUGACCCCCGGGGUGCAGAUUCAGGCAGGGGGAGAUGAGCUCGGCCAGCGAUACCAGACUCCGUAUGAGGUCAUUGUGAAUAAAGGCUCUGAUGUCAUCAUUGUAGGGCGGGGCAUCUUGUCAGCCGCCAAUCGGCUCGAGGUGGCAGAGAUGUACAGGAGAGCCGGCUGGGAGGCGUAUCUCUCCGCCAUAGCGAAUGAGAAGCUGGAGAAGUGACUCCGCCCCUGGCGCCGGCGUGUUUGGCUGAUGGACAGUUGAUAAUCCAUGAAAGGGUUACAUUUUUGGCUGGAACAUUCCGGGCGCAGUAAGGCGCGUUGCAAUCCGCUUGUCUGGCGAAAUGAUUCCAUUACACAGCGGGUAUAGGCGCUACCGGGCCCCAUCAACGAGCCAAUGUGGUACCAGAACCAACGGGAAAAUCACACCUGCCCGAUUGAGAUCUGGGUAACUUUAGUCGGGGGCACCCAUACACGGGCAGAUAAGCUGGCGAAUCAUUCUGGGGCACCCGUAUGGGCGCCCGGAACCUGCCCCCGUAUGGGCACCAUUAGCCACGCCCCAUUCCCACACACAGCCACCAAGUCCAAGUAAAUCCAGGCCCCUUAUUGCAUUGGCUCCGGUUGCAGAGGGGACUCUUCUGGAUCUGCAGGGGUUAAGGUGCCAUGUAACUGGCCCAGAAGUUGGUUCAGUUCUGCUUCAGGUUCUGGGAAUAGGACAGCGAUGGGUUUCAGCUUCUUCACAUUCCAAAUGGAGCUUCUGUUAUUCCUUCAACGGUUCUGUAUCCUCAGCAUCCAAAAUAAAUAUCCGUAUCUGUCUCA